AUGGCACCCGAGAUAACGAGGCGUGCCUAUUCGACGGGCGACAAGACGUCUUUUGCCUGGCAGACGGCCCGCGAGCGCUGGCCAGUGAUCCUGACUCAAGCAAUCGAUGAUGUCUACCGUUCUGUACACGAGUGCGGCGACGACAAGGAAAAGGAGGCCGAGGGCAAGGCUAUCGUCGAGAAGAUUGCACGCCUCAAGUACGACGUGCAGCACGACCGGCAGCUCGAACCCAUUGACGACGACGGCGAGCCUGAUGUGGCUGCAUACAACGCUGAGCUUACCCAGCUGGGCCCCCUCUCGUGGCUCAGGGCACCGUGGCUGUUCGCCGAGUGCUAUCUGUUCCGGCGCAUGAGCACCUACUUCCGGCUCUCGACGCACUGGACGCGCUAUGAUCCCUUUGCGCGGCAAAAAAUCCGUACAUUCCGCUCGUCACGGCCGGCGGUGCUCGAACUGGCGGCGCGGUACCGUGAGCUCAUGAAGCAGCUGGAGGCGCACCAGGCGAACAAGAGCGGUGACGCAGAAACUGUUGCCUCCGCUGAGGAGACGCUUUUCGCGGAGAUGUGUGAAAUCUGCCUCUGGGGCAAUGCCACGGACCUCUCGCUGCUCACCAACCUGACGUAUGAGGAUAUCCAGAAGCUUCAGGGUGCCGAGGCGCGCCGCAAGGCCGAGGCCAACAUCCUAGUGAACGAUCUGCCGACGGCCUACAAGACGCUCACGAAGGCGCGCGAUGCUGCGUCAGCGAGCAGCAGACAGCCAGGCAGCAGCAGCCCCGAGCGUCGCAUCGACAUUGUGCUUGACAACGCGGGCUUUGAGCUCUACGUCGACCUCAUCCUGGCAGGCUACCUGCUACGCGCAGGCCUGGCUACGGUUGUCGUGCUGCACCCCAAGAACAUCCCCUGGUUCGUUUCUGACGUGCUACCUAGCGACUUUGCAGCGCUUCUCAAUGCGCUGGCGAACCCGCAGCAUUUCUACGAGACACCCUCCGAAGAAGAGGAGCUGCAGGGCAAGCCGGCGCCGGAGAAACUGACGGACACCGAGAAGGCCGAUUUGUCCUUUUUGUUUGGCGAAUGGAGCCAGCUUUACGCCAACGGACAGAUGGUGCUGCGGCCCAACAUCUUCUGGACCCAGCCCGGCAGUUUCUGGCGGCUGCCCAAAGAGGCACCGGCGCUGUACGAGGACCUGAAGACGAGCGAGCUGGUCAUUUUCAAGGGCGACCUGAAUUACCGAAAGCUGACGAGCGAUGUCGACUGGGAAGCGACGACGCCGUUUGUCGAAGCCAUUGGUCCCCUGGGACCGGGUUCGGGCCUCAAUGUGCUGGCACUGCGGACGUGCAAGGCGGAUGUGGUCGUGGGCCUGCCGGCAGGCAAGGACGAGGAGCUUCGGAAGGCAGAUGGCGGCGGAGGCGACUCGGGUGCGCGUAGAUGGGCGUGGAACGGCAAGUGGGCAGUUGUGUCGUGCUCGCAAAGCAAGGGGGGGGAGGCCACAUCGGCAUAG